UUUCUCGCGCGCUUUCUUUAACUUAUCGACCAAUAGGAGAGUUCGUAGCGGGUGGCGCGAAAUUAAACAAAGACGAAUCGUGCAAGUAGAUUAUCGAACAAUCGAAUAAAGUGGGAGAAAGUAAAUUAAUCGCGCGUAAAAUCGAAUUGCAUUAAAUAUUGCGAAUAUUUCGUGUAAUAGAUAUUGAUAUUUAUUUGCUUAUAAGUAUAUAUAAAAGAAAGAAAACCGGGGAGAAAUGUAUGCUCGUUGCGGCCCUGACGUACCGCGACGUUACCGGAGUGACUGCUGAGUCACAUAUCGUCGACGAUCUCUCUAAGCAAGGUGCACUCUUACGUUUCUGUCAAAGAAAAACAUCCAAAUUUGACUGUCGUGUUUCGUUAUAAUGUUUCAUCAUUAGAUUAGUGUCGUGUAUAUUACAGGAAUAAUUGAAAUAGUGUAAAAUAUUAUUUAACGAAUCGUCGAUCUCAAGGUUAUAAAGAAGGUGUUAAAAAAAAAAGAAAGAAUAAGAAUAGAAAAUAUUUGAAGACCCGUUAAAAGAGAUACACAAGGGCAAACUGGCAAGCGUUAAAAAUCCUUGAAUUAUCUUGGAUGAAAGGAAAGGCACGCGUGGGAUGUGCGCAAAACCGUGUUGAAGUUUGACUGGAGAGAGUGCGUGUUUUGAGUCGUACCGAGAAGACGUUCUACUAACUAUCAUCUUCGAAGAUUAAACUGCGAAAUCAGUAUUGGCAAUCUUCGCAGGAGUAAACAGCAACACUGUCCACAGUGCUACUUAACCUCAAAGUGACAAUCUAAAUAACUGCUUAAAAAAAUUGUAAUCCAGUGGCUAACAUCGAAUUUAUGUCCAACAUUGUUACUAUAUUUCUUGAUAAUUCUUCUAUCGAUAUUGACACUUUGCCGAAGAUAAUAAUAAGGACACUUUAAGCGGUAUUUGAUCCAUGAUCAAUAUGUCAACGUCAUGGCAGGUAUUUGAUAAUAAGAAAAAGCAACUGUGACGACACGUAAACGAAUAUAAAACUCUUUAUAAUAUAAGUAUACCUAGUGAAACUAUUGGAACUCGGUGUGCAACAUGUUGUGUCUUAAGAAGUUGUAUAGAGAGGAGUUGUUGCAGCUUGCGCUGUUACUCUCCUUGUUAAGAGUGGACCCAGAGUCUUACCUUGGCUUUGAUAUACAAGCUAUGGGCGUAGGCUCCUUGGAUCUUCAUAAUGGAUCUGGAUGGCAUACCGAUGCUCAUACGAUUGUACAUCGUCCAAUGUUUGUACAUCCAAAAAAUCUAGAUUCGGUGCUUUUAAACUACGAAAGGGAUCUCUUCGAAGAUUUAAAUUCUUUGGGAAGGUACAAUAGAAUGAACUCGGGCUCCAAUGAUAUACACGCAUACUUAUUGAACGUAGAGGAUACAGGUAGAAAUGCUGCUACGGCUGGAUCCAGUUUACCCAUUUCAACAGGAACAUCAAGCAAUAUGACAUCUCCUGAUUCUUCUAGUUCCUCUCAACAACCAGCAGAACCUAUCGGUGCGGCAGAACUUACUCAAGAGGACAUGGAUCUGAUCGAAGUACUUUGGAAACAAGACGUCGAUUUAGGUUUCACUUUGGUUGAACCGACUAGUACAACAUCGAAGAAAAAAGUAACAACUAGUUGCGAAAAAGAAUCUGAGGAUGAGAUUGAAAAGCUCAAAGCUUUGGAAGCGAUUAAUGCAACCAAUCAAAAGGAUGAUCCAGAGGGGGUUGAGGUAAAACAUCAGGAUGAUGAUGAUCCUUGGGCAGGACGCAAUUACACCGUGGAUCUCGAAACUG